AUGUCAAAAACAAGGAAUAUAUUUUAUGAUAGUGAUAGCGAAAGUGACUUUGAGAAAUCUGAAGCAGAAUUGUUUAGUGAUCCUGAAAUUGACAAUUACAAUGAAAUACAAAGCGAAGGUGAUGAAGACGAUAUUGAAAUAGAGAAUGAUGACAAUUUUAAUAUAAUAUCAAGGUUUCGAAGACGUACAAGAUGUCUAUCGAGCAGUGAUAGUGAAUCUUCUCGUGAACCAGAAAAUGAUGACAAUUGUAAUAUAAAACCAAGGUUUCGAAGACGCACAAGACGUCUAUCGAGCAGUGAUAGUGAAUCUUCUCGUGAACCAGAAAAUGAUGACAAUUGUAAUAUAAAACCAAGGUUUCGAAGACGCACAAGACGUCUAUCGAGCAGUGAUAGUGAAUCUUCUCGUGAACCAGUAUCAGAGGAAUGGAUUUGGGAAGAAGAAGAAAAUGUAGCCGAUAUAAAAAGUUUUUCUGAAAUAUCUGGAAUUAAUCCUUUGAGCCUGCGUAGACUAGGUGGUAAUCCUACGCCUUUAGAUGUUUUGAAAGAAGUCUUGAAUGAAGAUUUUUGGGACAUUAUAGUAGAAGAGACGAAUAGAUAUGCCAGACAAGUGAUAGAAAAAGAAGGUUGUAUAACAAAAAAACCAAAGGUGGUUUCCUGUAAGUUCUGA